UACUUUUCAUUUUAUCUUAAGUUCAUGACGUCUUCUGUAGUUUUCAUCCCCUCCCACCCCUGGUUCAGAUCCCGUCAGGCGGAGACAGAGAGGGACCAGGCAGGGGAGGAUAAUAGAAUGUUCAAACAGGAGUUUGGAGAGAAGAUAGACGCUCUACAGCUGGAGGUGGAACAUCUCAGGAAACACAGGUCAUGUUUGGAGCUGGAGCUGAGGAGAGGGAGGGGUAGUGGUGGAGGUAGCCAGUAUAUAGAGCCUGUGUCUGGGGAGAAGUUGACCUCGGCCCCCCAGAGAGACCUGGAAGACAUCCGGAAGGAACUGGAGGCAGUGAAGAAGGAGAAUCAUCAACUAUGUGCUGUGGUAGAUGACACGAGCGGUCCAGGGUCCAACAUGUCAAUGUCACAAAAUGAGGAUGAGCAGGAGGAGUCUUGUCUUGAUCAGCCCUCAAACUGAAGGGUUUCACUGACCAUGAUGUCUGACAUAAUGACUUCCUCAAACUGAAGGGUUUCACUGACCAUGAUGUCUGACAUAAUGACUUCCUCAAACUGAAGGGUUUCACUGACCAUGAUGUCUGACAUAAUGACUUCCUCAAACUGAAGGGUUUCACUGACCAUGAUGUCUGUCUUCCUCUGACAUAAUGACUUCCUCAAACUGAAGGGUUUCACUGACCAUGAUGUCUGACAUAAUGACUUCCUCAAACUGAAGGGUUUCACUGACCAUGUCUCAAUCUAGUUGACAUGAUCCUCCCCCUGAGCUCCUCUAAUGUCUCAACUGGUUACUGAAAAUAAGCUCUGCCUUAAAACAGAAGGAUUUAACUCCUUCUAUAGAGCCAGGGUGUUCUAUGACAGCUGUCUGGCCAAUGGGCUGCCCCUCCCCUCCGUCAACAUAUAUGUGACUCCUGCCAACGCAGCAGUACACACCCAGCCCUGCCUGAGAGAGACACCAAACGUUCAAAGCCUGGUCCCAGAUCUGUGCGGGGGGGGUGGGGGGUUGGUAGAAA